AUGAAGAAGAAAUUUGCGAUACCGGUUGCAGGGAAGGAGAAUAACGAAUAUCGACCGUCUGUUACUCUUGGUAUGCGCAGACCAGCCAGCUUUGUGCCACGUCCACUCCAUGAUCCAGCGGGCGAAUUCGCGAUUGUGCUCUAUGAUCCAACAGUCGACGAUGAGCCUGUGCCUGAAAUCAAUACAUGUCUAUCGCAAGCAGAUCCAAAUGCAGAGGAGCAAGUCACAGUCGCACCGCCGCCACCUCCAAGCAAAGUACACAAGUCCCUUGCACAAAUGCUCGGUCUCGACAAGAAGUCUGAAGAGGCGCGUCCAAAAGUGCCAGUGGUGAUUGAUCCGAGACUGGCACGUCGCUUGCGACCGCAUCAGGUAGAGGGUGUCAAAUUUCUCUACAAGUGUACGACUGGUAGACUGCAUCCAUCGGCAUUUGGUUGCAUCAUGGCAGAUGAGAUGGGACUUGGCAAGACUUUGCAAUGCAUUGCCCUUAUGUGGACACUUUUGAAGCAAUCACCGAUCGCAGGACAAGGAGAGAUCAAGAAAGGUAUUGUUGUUUGUCCAUCAUCACUGGUACGCAAUUGGGCCAACGAGCUGGUCAAGUGGCUUGGUGAGGGGGCACUUACUCCUUUGGCAUUAGAUGGAAAGCUUUCCAAAGAAGAACUUGGCGUUGCACUCAAAGGCUGGUGUGGUGCAUCUGGUCGCGGUAUCGUUCGCCCGGUCUUGAUCGUUUCCUAUGAAACACUACGGAUGAACAUUGAAGCACUAGCAGGUACGGAGGUUGGCUUAUUGCUCUGCGAUGAAGGUCAUCGCCUGAAGAAUGGCGAGUCGCAGACGUUCACUGCGCUCAACUCGCUCAAUUGCAAGCGUCGCGUCAUCCUUUCUGGCACACCAAUACAGAAUGAUUUGUCAGAGUACUUUUCCCUGCUGAACUUUGCAAACCCAGACUUGCUUGGAACACGCGCCGACUUCCGAAAAAACUUUGAGCUGCCCAUUUUGCGUGGUCGCGAUGCAGAUGGCACAGAGCUUGAUGUGCAAAAGGGCGAGGAAAAGCUCAAGGAGCUUGGUGGAAUUGUCAACAAGUUCAUCAUCCGCCGCACAAAUGAUAUCCUCAGCAAGUACCUGCCCGUCAAAUACGAGCACGUGGUCUUUUGCAACCUGUCGCCAUUCCAGCUCGCGCUCUACAAGCACUUUGUCUCAUCGCCCGAUGUCCAAAAGCUGUUGCGCGGAGUUGGUUCACAACCCCUCAAAGCCAUUGGUCUACUCAAAAAGCUGUGCAAUCACCCAGAUUUGCUUGACUUGCCCGAUGAUUUGCCUGGCUCUGACGCCUUCUUUCCAUCAGACUUUGUGCCGAAAGUCGCUCGUGGUCGACAUGACAGGGAGCCUAAAGUGCACUACUCCGGCAAGAUGGCAGUCUUAGAUCGUAUGCUCCAUCGCAUUCGUUCUGAAACGGAUGACAAGAUUGUGCUCAUCAGCAAUUACACGCAAACACUAGACAUCUUUGAGCAAAUGUGCAGGAAACGUGGGUAUGGCUGUUUCAGGCUUGAUGGUACGAUGAAUGUCAAUAAAAGGCAAAAGCUCGUGGACAAGUUCAACGAUCCGGAAGGCAAAGAGUUCGUCUUCCUGCUGUCGUCAAAGGCUGGAGGAUGUGGGCUCAAUCUGAUCGGCGCGAAUCGCCUUAUCUUGUUUGACCCGGACUGGAACCCUGCAGCAGAUCAACAAGCUUUGGCGCGAGUAUGGCGAGAUGGACAAAAGAAGGACUGCUUCGUGUAUCGCUUCAUCUCCACUGGCUCUAUUGAGGAGAAGAUAUUUCAGCGUCAAUCUCACAAGCAGAGUCUGUCGGCGUGCGUUGUUGAUGCCGGGGAAGAUGUCGAGCGCCACUUUUCGCUGGAUAAUCUCAGGGAGCUCUUCAAGUUUGACGAUCACACCAUCAGCGACACGCAUGUCAAAUUCAAGUGCAAGCGUUGCCGUGAGGACAAGCAAUUCAUCAAGGCAAAGGCGAUGCUCUACGGCGAUACAUCAUCCUGGAACCACUUUGGCAAUCCAGAGUUGAGCACAAUCCAGGAUCUAUUGUUACGACAGGAGUGUGGACAAGGUGUGGUCAGUAUGGCCUUCCAAUACAUCAGCCACUAG